CAGCGGUGAAAUAAAAAACUCCAAAUUUUCCGUAGUAAACAAACACAACUGAAUGGAAAGCUUCUUCCAAGAGCAAUUCUAUGGCGGCGAUGAUCUAUUUUGGUUUAGUUCUGAGUCUCAUCCGGUGCAUCGAAGCGCUUUUAUGCCGUAUCCGAAAGGAGCCUUAAUCGAAGUUCGGAUGGAGAGUAUCGGAAACUGGUCGAAACCUCAGAAUGCCAUCAAGAGAAUGAUAGAGUUCUUGAGGAGAAUUAACCAGUCUGCAAAAAAGGAAGCAAUAAAACCAGAGAUAGAGCGAAGUCACCUGCAUAUGAUUAACGAGAGGAUAAGGAGAAAGAGGGAGCAGCAGAGUUACUCAGCCUUGCAUUCCAUGUUGCCAAUUGGCACCAAGACUGAUAAGAACUCUAUUGUUCAAGUGGCGGUGAAGAGUCUCCAGGAGCUUGAAUGCUGCAAGGUAGAGCUAGAGAGAAGAAACGAUGAGCUAGAAACGAAGGUGGGGAAAGAGAUUGAUGGCGGAACAAAGAUAGGAAUAAGAGUAACUAAUCCAAUAGCUGGGAUUGAUUAUAUGGUGGAGGCUCUUAAAUGCUUGAAAAACAUGGGCUCAAGAAUCAGAAAUAUUCAAUCACAAUUUUCUGAAGAGAAACUGACAGCGGUAAUACAAGCUGAAUCUGAGAUGGGAGAUGAAGAAUUGAAGAAGACUGUACAGGAAACACUAAUAGAAGUAGAGCAGAAGCUUCUUAUUUCAUUGCCAGGAAGUGUCGAAAAGCUACACAACAAGAGAAGGCGAAUGGAAAAUGAACACAUGCAAAUUAGCCACUGACCUUAGUAUUAACACGGCAAAGAAAAAAGUAGCAGCGAAGGAGCAACGGUGGAGGAGGACGACUGAGAAGACGAAGAGAAUAGGAAACUCGCCUUGUAAAGUUUGAAAGGUGAAUGUAAUAGGGUUAUAGUUGGAAUUUAGAAAUGUACAAAAAUGGGGCUGGAAUUUUGAAUACUAUUUAUACUUGGAGGCAUUUUCGUGAGUCUGCAACUUAUGAGCCGUGCAGUGUAAUCCUUAAGUUCUUUGUUAAUUUUGCAUAACCCCUAAGAAUAUUGUUAUUUUCAUUGAUAAA